AUGCUUUAUCCACUUCUUGCGUCACGCAUUGCUUUGGCCAGAUCUGGCUUUGGCAAGAAAUUGUUAGCACCUGCCAGCUAUGGUCUGAUUUCAUUGGGUGUUCAUUGCAAGCAUACUUUGCCUGAUCUCCCAUAUGAUUAUAAUGCUCUGGAGCCUUACAUCAGUGCAGAUAUCAUGAAAUUGCAUCAUCAAAAACAUCAUGCAACAUAUAUCAAUAACUUAAAUAUUGCUGAAGAAAAACUGGCAGAUGCAGUGGUUAAAGGGGAUACCUCAACAAUUAUAAGUCUUCAACCAGCUCUUAAAUUUAAUGGUGGAGGACAUUUGAACCAUAGUAUAUUCUGGGAAGUGCUUAGUCCACAUGGAGGUGGUGAACCUGAAGGAAAAUUAAUGGAAGCUAUUGGUUCUGGAUGGUGCUGGCUUGGAUAUGAUGUAACUGCAAAACAGUUGAAGAUAGUAACCUGUGUGAAUCAAGACCCAUUAAAAGCCACUACAGGUCUCAUCCCUUUGUUUGGUAUAGAUGUCUGGGAACAUGCUUACUAUUUACAAUACAAGAAUGUACGGCCUGAUUAUGUGAAAGCAAUUUUCCAUAUUGCCAACUGGAAAAAUGUUGCUGAAAGAUUCAACGCUGCUCAAGUUUCAUAA